CUUCCUGAGACCAUCCGCCAUCCCGUUAAUGACCGGGAGCCUGGAAAUACAUCGACCUCCGGUAACUCGCAGCUAUGGCCGACGUUCCAGCGAUAAUAAACAUCGCGAUUUCUUUGAAAAUCCAACCCAAUGACGGACCCGUGUUUUAUAAAGUGGACGGGACAAGGUUCGGCCAGAGCAGGACAAUCAAAUUGCUGACAGGAUCGAAAUACAAAAUCGAGGUGAUCGUGAAACCGGGUAGCGCGGAGGCCACCACAAUGGGAAUCGGCGGAAAGAGCUUCCCAUUGGAGCAGCAGUCCAAAGAUGAAGAGCAGGUCGUCUACAAUGGCACCUACGACACCGAGGGAGUGCCACACACCAAGAGCGGGGACAGACAACCUGUGCAGGUCUUCAUAGAGUUCAAAGAUGCCGGUAUGUUUGAAACUGUAUGGCAGGUGAAAUACUACAACUACUACAAGAGAGAACACUGCCAGUUCGGCAACAGCUUCAAUUGCAUCGAGUACGAGGCCAAGCCCAACGAGACCCGUAGCCUCAUGUGGAUAAACAAAGAGGUCUUCCAGUAAAACACGAGCAGAGUUUCAGCAGCAAACCUGCACAAUAUGACCUGUAACCAUCAUGGGGCCGCUGUGUGUGAGAUAGAUGAUUGCAAAGUGCUCAAGAUGUGACUAUUAAAGGCUCCAAACAAGUGAUCCAUCAGGGAAUCUGUUCACCAGUCAAGCACUGUAUCUAUUUGUUGUACCACUGGUCAUGCAUGAUCUGAACGUUUCAGUCUGAACAGAAUUUCUCCUCAUUUAUGUCUCCUCCUCUUUAUCAUGCCUGAGCUGGUGAAACUCUGAAAAGGAUGGUGAUAUUUUGGGCGAAAGUCUCCAUGGGAAGGGAUUAUAAUGAGACCGAAUUUUCAGCUCUCUCUUGGUCAUUUGCACAGCACAUAUCUGCUCUAUUAUGGUUACAAAUACACCGAGACCAUCUUUCAACAAGACUCAGAUGAGAAAAAUACACUGCAGGCCUGUAUUUAACCCAGUGGUUUGCUGUUGUAGAGACGGGCAGUGCUCCAAAAUGCUUGCUCAAAAAGGUGCUGUAUAAACGUACACAGGCUAUAGAUGAUACUCUUUAUUAGUAUGUAUAAUAUAAUAUUAUAUAAGUGAAGACCAGUCAGUUAAUAUCGUGGUCUUUUGGGACCAGCGUAAAACAAUUAUUUGUGACAGGCGUAUCUGUUUAUGUAUGGUGUGAAUGGAUGUUUAAUUAUUUCCCAUUUUGUGUUACUGUUGUUCACUGCUUAAACUGUUAUAUACGUUGCCUAUUUUUCACAGAAGCAUUAUUUCACUGGUGAGAGUUAGAAGUGAAUCAGAAAUGCAGUCAGUGCUUAUUUUUGCUUAAUUCUAUGCCUAUUUUCACUCAUGUUCUGAUGCUUUGUUUGCUCGUGGGGUGUCUAUGUGUGUUGCUGAAUAUCAAUCUUGAUUUUUGUGUGACUUUGAGCCAAAAAAAAACAACAAUCUUGUUGCUUGAAGUUCUGUUCUAAUAAAUAUAUUAUGGUUUAAUACAAUACCAGCCAAUAAAAGACCAAAAGAAGAAAAAGAAAAACAUACAAAAUAUGCAAUACAUAGAAAAUAAUAUAUGUGGUGGUUAUUUUUAGCUUAGCAUAUUGUUAUAAUUUAGUAACCGUAUACCUGAUAUACAUUACCUAUAACAUCUAUCAUAUAAAGCUGUAUUUUUUAAAAAGCAUGUUUAUAGACACACAACUGGAACACUUUCAGAUGCAAAUACCUGAGUAUUUAGGAAUAGUCACCAAAUGUUAAAAAUGUAAUACAAAAGCAGGCCUCACAAUAAAACACUCCAAGACAGAUGAAAUGUGCCACAGCAAGAACAAACAAUAAAAUCGGAGAAAUAAAGAUAACACGUAAUUUAAAAAGUUAAAAAUAUU